AUGACCAGGCGGGAGGAAGCCGCCGCGAAGGCAGCUCGGUUCCAGAGUGCCCUGAAGCAGUCGCCGAUGGUGUCCGCAGCCCCGCUCUCCCUUGAGCGGUCGACCUCCGCCUCCAUCGUCGGGGGGAUGGAGGGCUCCACCAGCAACCGCCGCAUAGACCCGCUCACCGACCUCUGGGAGGCGAUGGAGAAGAACGUGCGGGAGGCGCGCGAGGAGAAGGAGAGGUUGGAGCAAGCGAAGGCGGACGCGUCCAAGGCGGCGCAGGAGGAGGCGGACGCGGCGGCCAAGGCCCAGGCCGAUGCCGCGGCCAAGGCCCGGGUGGAGGAGGCGAUUAAGGCCCAGGCGGACGCGGCCGCAAAGGCACAAGCAGGGGCAGCCGCGGGUGGCCAGGCUCCACAGCUGGUCGUCCCGCUACGCUCCAUGUCGUCGGCGCCAGAGAUCAUGUCGCCGAAUGGAGCAGCCGGCAACGACCAGCUGGUCAUGGCGAGGGAGGGGGGUGACGUCGUCAUCCCGAGGACGGAGGUGCCCCAACAGACGUCGGCUGCCGAGACCCAGGGCAGUCGGCCUAACGCGCCGCCUGCGCCUCAAGUCGGUGGCGAGCUGCUGGCGGGGGCGACCCCCGUGGCCCGCACUCCGGCGCGUCGGCGUGCGGUGAAAGCGACUUCGGCGCCGCGACCUCAGGAGAUCGGGGCCUCGAGCUCGUCGGCCCCGGCGGCGGAGGCCACUAGUGCCGUUCCACAGGAGUGGAUGUUUGGGGGCGGGACGGGCGUCCUGAACAAGGCUGCCCAGGAAGUCACCUCCCUGCUUCAGGCCUAA